UCAACUCUCGUACCUAACCACCACACAUCUCGAAGCGUCUCGCCAUCUCAAAUUAUGGGCGCUUUACUAUCCCUACCUUUUCUGGCUAUGCCAGGAGUCGGCACACUCUGGGGAAUCGGUGCCUCAUGUUGUGGAGCUGCCACCUGCAGCGCCGUAUGCAGCUCUUGUGGAAAAUGCGGCAACAGCAUCGCUACCCGUAUCGCAUACGCCCUCAUCCUCCUCGUCAACUCCAUCGUCUCGUGGAUCAUGCUCACCGACUGGGCCAUGAAGAAAUUAUCCCACCUUACCCUCGAUUACGUCGAUAUCAAAUGCCACGGCGAGCAGUGUUAUGGAUAUGUUGCUGUUCAACGCAUCAACUUCGCUCUCGGCUUGUUCCACAUCCUCAUGGCCAUGAUGCUCGUCGGUGUGCGCAGCUCCAAAGACGGUCGAGCCCCCAUUCAGAACGGCUUCUGGGGUCCCAAGGUCAUCGCGUGGAUUGGCAUGAUCGUCUUGACCUUCUUCGUUCCCAACUCCUUCUUCAUUGUUUGGGGCAACUACAUCGCCAUGAUUGGUGCUUGCCUGUUCCUACUCAUUGGACUCAUUCUGCUGGUCGAUUUGGCUCAUAACUGGGCCGAGUACUGUCAGGAGAAGAUUGAGCUUACCGAAUCUAACCUCUGGACUGGUUUGUUGGUUGGCUCUGCUCUCUUCAUGUACUUUUCUUCCAUUGCCAUGACGGUGGUCAUGUACAUCUACUUUGCGAACAGCGGCUGUGGCAUGAACCAGGCAGCAAUCACGAUCAAUCUGCUUUUGCUCCUAAUCUCCUCGAUCGUGUCCGUCCAUCCCGCCGUACAGACCGUCAAUCCUCGCGCCGGUCUUGCGCAGUCCGCCAUGGUAGCCAUCUACUGCACCUACCUCACCCUAUCUGCGGUGGGAAUGGAACCCGACGACCACCAAUGCAACCCCUUGAUUCGCGCACGCGGUACUCGUAAAGCUACCGUCAUCAUCGGUGCUAUCGUUACAUUUGUUACUGUCGCAUACACCACCACCCGCGCUGCCACCUACGGCUUAGCCCUGGGCCAGCAGGGAAACUCCUAUGGAAAUGGCUACUCCCGUGUCGGUACCGAUGACUAUGAGCAUGGUCUUGUCACGCAACAGCCCGAUUCCCGGCGCGAGAUGCGUCAAGCCGCCCUCCGUGCAGCCGUCGAGUCUGGCUCGCUCCCUGCCUCUGCUCUCGACGACACCGACAGCGAUGACGAUGACGACGAUGAGAACACGACUUCCAAGACUCGCGGCGAUGACGAGCGCAACGCCACGCAGUACAACUACACUCUUUUCCACAUUAUCUUCUUCCUCAGCACAACAUGGGUCGCCACGUUGCUCACGUCCAACUUUGAUGAGAAGGAUAUGUCGAACGACUUUGUGCCUGUAGGACGCACAUACUGGGCCAGUUGGGCCAAAAUCAUCAGUGCAUGGGUCUGCUACGCCAUCUACAUAUGGAGUUUGGUGGCCCCUCUCGUCCUGCCUGAUAGGUUCGAUUACUGA